CCACAUUGAAUCCUCCAACUCACCAUUCACGACUGUUGACAUGUCCAAGGCCCCACCACCGUCCUACCACGAUGCUGUCAGCAAAGGCGGUCCGCCACCACCAGCACACGCGUCUUCAUCUUCAGCUUCGGCGACCCCGUUCCGACGGCGCAAGGUCGGAUCGCUCACGCUGCGCAGGUCGGACCGCAUAAUGGCGCUCGGCUUCCCCUCGGACGUGUACCAGCUGCUCGGUAAACUGAUCCCAUCAGAGUGGAGCAAGGGGAUCCAGAAGGUCGAGGAGCUGGGCAACGGCGGAGUGGAGUACAAGCUCAAGGGCAACCCGUGGACUGUCAAGGGCAAGAACGACUCGAUCCCAGCGUGCCGGCUGGUGAUGCGCAUCCUCUCGGCCAUGCUGGCUGAGGGAUGGGGCCUGGCGGCCAACACGGGCACGGCGCACUCGGCGAACAACACGGACACUCUCUACUUCCGCGACGAGGGCCAGCGCGUCGAGCGCACGUUCUUUGUGGUUUCCUUCUGGUCGAGCGAUCGCAUCCGGAUCAUUGAUGCGCCAGAGGCUGUUACCGCGCAGUUUGUCCGCCUGUUCAGUAACUGGCCGGCUGGUGUGCAGAAAUCCGAAGCCAUCGCACCACGUGUGCACGAGUUCAAGCUGAAAGGUUACCCAUUCACGCCAGGACGAAAGGACGAGAUUCCUAUCCGGCUUGCGCUGCACGAGCUGCUCGAGACGUUUGACGGCCUGGGCUACGAGGUGUUUGGCAGCAUCGGCAUGGACCAGGGGACUGGUGGAGGGGAGAACUCGGACGUGACGAGCGUCGAUACUUGGUUCCUCACGGGCCGGGAGGACGUCCGUACUUACUCACAAACCAUGGGCAUCUUCAGCAACAAGGCAAGCAGCAACAACAUCACGCCAGGCGGUGGUGGCGGCGGCGGUGCGGCCCAGCCACCGCCAUACUACGGCAACGACCCGGUCCACCGGCUAGGCGGGCAAGGCGGCGGCCACGACGUCGUCGACCGCAGCGGCGGCAGCUGGAAGCCGGACGUCAAGGCGCCGCUCCCGCCCCCGCCAGCGGCGGACAUCAAGGCCCCUCUCCCGCCCCCGCCGGCAGCAGCGAGCGCGCCGCCGCCACCGCCAGCGGCGGGGCCGAGCGCCUCGCCGCCCGCGUUCGCGGCGAUGCUCCUCUCCUCGACGGACAAGAUCCGGCUGCUCAACUUCCCAGAGCACAUGAGCACGGUGCUGAGCGAGAUUGUGACCCGCGCGUGGCCGCAGGGUAUCCAGCAGCAGUACUUCCUCGACGGGCACGGCGGCAACACGCGCGCGUUCGAGAUCAAGUGCCGCGGCAACCCGUGGUACGGGCAGGGCAAGGAGGCGAUCCCGAGCCGCCGCUUCAUGAUCCACCUGCUGUUCGGCAUGUCGAGCAACGGCUGGCAUCUGGACUCUACGGCCGACAUGAGCAAGAAGGUGUGUGUGGGCGCUCAAGGCGGUGGCGGGCACGGCGCUGAUGCCACACAGCAAUGGGACAAGGACACGCUCAUCUUCCGCUCGGGACCCCCCGUCCAGCGCUCAAUCUUCAGCAUCACGUUCAACGAGUACGACAAGGUGCGGAUUAUCGACCCGCCGAACGAGGCGAUCAAGGCGGCGUUUGUGCAGGUGGUGCAUAACUCGUGGCCCUACGGCAUCCAAGAAACCCGCGAAAAGGAGCGCGGCGCAACACAGGUCAAGCUCAAGGGCAACCCGUGGAUCACGUCGCAGGGGCAGCAGGUCAGCGCGGCGCGCAUCCUCGCGCUCAAUCUGAUUUCCACGAUGGACGCGUACGGGUACGAGCUGCGCACGAUCGACAUGAGCGCGACGAUGAACGACGACAUUGGCGACAUGGACACGUGGCUGCUCAUGAGCAAGCUGCCGUAGCGAACAUGCGUGCGUGCGUGCGUGCGUG